AAUCCAAAAUGGCUGACACAACAACGCACGUGUACGGAAAGUCAACAAAAACAGAAGCUAAAUUUUACAGUGAUGCAAAGGAAUACUGGGAUGGUUUACAACCGACAAUUGAUGCAAUGCUCGGUGGUUAUGCUAAAAUAUCACCAACCGAUAUUGAUGGAUCGAGGGCAUUUCUUCGACCAUUUAUGAAGAUUUCUGGCGGUGAGACAAACAGCAACCGGGCACUAGACUGUGGGGCUGGCAUCGGGCGCAUCACAAAGAGGUUGCUGCUUCCAAUGUUUACAACUGUUGACUUGGUGGAACUGAGCCAGAAGUUUGUGGAUGCAGCUCCCAAGUUUAUAGGAGAGGAAUCCAAACGAGUAGGGAAGUUCACCUGCAGUGGGCUUCAAGACUUCACCCCGGAUGUCGGCCACUAUGAUGUCAUCUGGUGCCAGUGGGUUCUGGGUCAUCUCCGGAACGAUGACCUCGUCAACUUCUUCAGAAGAUGCAAGAAAGGGUUAUCAGAAAAAGGAAUAGUGGUUGUGAAAGAAAAUGUGACAUCGACAAAUAAUUCCGACUUUGAUGAACUGGACAGCAGUUUCACAAGGCCGUUAGAUGUUUUAGUGCAGCUUAUACAGAACUCUGGACUUGUAAUUCUCAAACAACAAAAGCAGAAAGGAUUUCCUAAGGGAUUGUAUGAUGUAUAUAUGUUUGCAUUGAAGUGAUAAAACUGUUAAAGGUCUAAUCUAUUAUAAAUCAAUUGUUGUUCUGGAGAUUGGCGCUGUGCAUCAUAUGUGACAAUGUGUACAGUAAUAGUUUGUCUGUUUGUUGUCUGCCAACUUUAACUAUGUGAUCAGGGGCACAGCAGUUCCCUGUAAAGAUGUGUGGGCCUUAGCCUUAGGGACACCACAGCUGUAAACAUCCAUGACUUGUAUCUUUUUGGGCUUUCAUCACACACUGGGUAGCAACUGAACCUUUUUUAAACGAAAUUAAACUCAUGUUUUGAAAGUAUUAUCAAACAAUACCAAGUUCUUUAUAUAAGACUAACAGUCCACCGAGUUCAAGUUUCCAUUGAAGGUCUUACAGUGUAUAUUGCAUUCAGAAUGGUUCAGAGUAAUAUAAAAUUUUAAAAUGGCCAAUUUCGUGCCUGUGCUGAAUGACAGUUUAAGGCAGCUAGUUUGAAACAUUUUGGCCUUGUAAAGCUUGUGAAGGAUGGGAUAGUCGAUGGAAACACUGCAGUCUGUAACAUCUGCAAUGCUCAAGUCCAAUGCUCAAGUCUAAUGUUCGACCCAUUUAACAACACAUACAGUGACAUCAUCCACUUCACAUAUCGUUUGUUACAAAGUAGAAGUUGCAAUAUAUUGCAAUAGGGAAUUUCUGACGAUACCCAUCCCAAGUGUCUAUACCAAGCAGAAGCUUUGUUAGCACUGUAUUGCCUCUAUUGAGAGAUGCGUAUAGGGAUACAGUUAUAUAUUAAGGGCAGAUGAGCUUCAGCUAAUGAUUUCUCCCGAUUGCAUAUGGAACCCGUCAGGUUAACGAAACUAAGCCCUCCUUCUCGUCACAUCCGAUGUCUGUGAGCACAAAUGAGUACAUAGGCAUACAUUAAGUAUUUACACGAAGCAAAAUAUUGCAUCCUGUACACAUGCUUGUAGAUAAUGGAUAUAAAUUAAUUUUCCAUGUGAGUCAUGUCAGUUGCAAUAAUAAGUAUGGCUGUUUGACAAGUUUAAUAAUCAAAGUUUUCAAAACUGUUGAUUACACUUUACAUUAACAAACAUUUCUAUUGAAAGAAAUAUACUCAAAGUUCAGUGUGUCGACAAGGUCAAUUGGCAGUUUUCUUCAAUCAAACAUUUAUAGUUGGCUUAAGAUGUGAGUAUUUGCAGUGACAUGGCAUGAAGAAAGAACCGGUGCCAAGAAUGAAGUUCCCGAGGGUCUUUGUAGGGGAAACAUUAAGCUACACCUGGCUUGUGCCAGUCUGAAGCAUCUUUGGAAUAUAUAAACUAUAUGCAAUCUGCUAAUGAAGCCAUUUUUGCUGUUACCAUGGUUACCGUACUAGACAAUGAAAUUGCUUGUGUUCGCAGUUUAUUGUAUUCAAUGAUAAAAUUAGACAAUCAAGUUGGAUUCAAAAUAUUGCUGACAUGAUGUAUUAAUAUCAGCUGUGCCCUCAUAUGGACAAUGUAGUUAUAUUGGCUGAACACUGAUAUGAUACAAUCUUUUUAUAUCGUCUGUGUCCUGAUAUGGUACAAUGUAUUUAUAUCGGCUGUACACUGAUAUGGUACAAUGUAUCUACAUCUCAGCUGUACCUAGAUAUGGUACAAUGUACCUAUGUAUCGGCUGUGCCCUGAUAUGGUACAAUGUAGUUAUAGUGUGGAGUCAAAUUUAGGUCGUGAUUUCAAGGGUGGAGUUUGGGGUCAGCCUCUAUCUGGUGUAGGCCCGCACCCAGUAAUAUACAGUAUACAGUAAACGUCCUGCUUCAUCUACAGACAACCAAACUUUACUUUGGUGAAUCCCCUGUAAUCACGUGUGUCAAUUUUGUAUUAACUGGAAGUCUCUUGUUGAUGUUGUUGUGACAUGUAUACUUGAUACCAUAUAACUCAUGUCAAGAGUUCUGUUUGAAGUAUAAUAUGUAAAUUUUGUUCUCUGUAAGAACAAUAUUUCUUUCAAGAAAAGUUUACUGUAACAAAAUUAGGAGUUUAACAUGUUUAUUAGUGUAUUACCAUUGGUACACCAUUACAAACCUCUGUAUGAACAUCUCUAUAUAAACAUCUCCAUGUAAGCAUCUUUUUAUGAAAAUCUGUAUAUAAACAUCUCUAUAUUAACAUCUGUAUAUUAAUUAACAAAGGCAUCUGUACUUAUGCAAACAAUGUCAUGUUGUGUGAUGUUGUUGACUUUGUGAUUACAGAGUUUGUUGUUAAUGAGUUCACCCAGCAAGCUCAGGUACAAUUGUAUUGAGAAAGAAGGUCAGUGUUUGCAAUUAAGCAUGUAAGUUGAGGGUCCUUGUUGACCUAAUGUUAGAAGGGGAAGAUGUAGGGGGUUCCUAUUUUCAAAUACAUGUAGAGCGAACCUAAAAAAUAACCUUAAUUUCAAACACUGUAAAUGUGUAUAAAUUUGUGUGAAUUG